AUGCCUGACGAUAAAUUAAAUAUGGCCAAAAACAUUGGUGCCUCCAUCGCUGGUUCAGUGGGUGGUGCCAAAGUAGCUGACAAGUUACACCUCGGUAACGCUGGUCAUAUGGCCACUAGUAUUGCUGGAAGUAUUGGUGCCAAUAAUGCUUUGCACCAUUUCGAAAACAAGGACGAGAAGAAAUAG